GGCGUGCGCGCCAAAAGGGGCGGCGAGUCGGACAGAUCUGAUCUUCCAUCUUCGCCCCCCAUCCCUUUCUGGAGAGGUCGAGAGAGGGCCCUGGCGCCCGAGGACUCCCCUCCAGCCCGUUCUCCUCGUCAGACAUCCUCGCUCGCUCGCGCCCCGUCCCGCCCUCGCCGCUCCAGGCUUCCCCGCUUCCCUCCCCUCCUCCACUGACGCAGUCCGUGCUGCACCAGAUCCUAACAUGGCGGCGGCGAGGUGGUGAAGAGCGCGGCGGCGGCGAAAGGAGACUUCGGGCCGAGCGGGCGAGCGCGGCGGCGGGCGGGCGGUCUUCAAAAUUUGAAGCCAUGGGAGUGAAAAGCCAGAGACCUCGUUGCUUUUUUGACAUAGCCAUCAACAACACACCUGCUGGCAGAGUUGUCUUUGAGCUGUUUUCAGAUGUUUGCCCAAAGACGUGUGAGAACUUUCGCUGCCUUUGUACAGGUGAAAAAGGUACAGGAAAAUCAACUCAGAAGCCAUUACAUUACAAGAGUUGUUUGUUUCACAGAGUUGUAAAAGAUUUUAUGAUCCAAGGAGGUGACUUCAGUGAAGGAAAUGGGAGAGGAGGAGAAUCAAUAUAUGGUGGCUUUUUUGAAGAUGAAAGCUUUGCUGUAAAGCACAACAAAGAAUUUCUCCUUUCAAUGGCCAACAGAGGGAAAGAUACAAAUGGUUCACAGUUUUUUAUAACAACCAAACCUACCCCUCAUCUCGAUGGGCUUCAUGUUGUGUUUGGACAAGUAAUCUCGGGUCAAGAUGUUGUAAGAGAAAUAGAAAACCAGAAAACAGAUGCGUCUAGUAAACCUUAUGCUGAAGUACGAAUACUAAGUUGUGGCGAACUUAUUCAAAAAUCCAAAGCCAAGAAAGAAGAGAAGAAAAGACGCAAGUCAUCAUCCUCAUCCAGCGAUUCUGAAAGUUCAAGUGAUUCAAAAUCUUCUUCUGAUUCAUCAUCUGAUUCUGAAAGUGCUUCUGGGGAAAAAACAAAGAAAAAGAAAAAGAAGCACAAAAAAAAUUCCAAGAAACAUAAGAAAGAGAAGAAGAAGAAAAAGAAGAGCAAGAAGAGCUCAGCCAGUGAAAGUGAAACAGAAAAUCCUGAAUCACAGCCACUUUCCACAGUCCGUCCUGAAGAGAUUCCUCCUGUACCAGAAAACAGAUUCCUUAUGAGAAAAAGCCCUCCUAAAGUAGAUGAAAAGGAAAAAGAGACCAAGAGCAGAGAGAAGGAAAGGGAGAGUAACCCAUCAAACUGUCAAUCAACAUAUCAGAGAAGGCUGUUAGUGACUAGAUCUGGACGAAAAAUUAAAGGAAGAGGACCACGGCGCUACCGAACACCUUCAAGAUCCAGGUCACGAGAUCGUUUUAGGCGCAGUGAGACUCCACCACACUGGAGACAAGAAAUGCAACGAGCUCAAAGAAUGAGAAUAUCAAGCGGAGAAAGAUGGAUAAAGGGAGAUAAGGGUGAAGUUAAUGAGAACAAGAAGGAUGCUGCAAAUCAGAAAAGCCCAGGAAGAGGAAAAGAAAGGAAAGCAUCUGACCAGAGGCAAAUUUCUGAGAGCCCAAAUAGGAGGGGAGGAAAAGAAAAGAAAUCUAAAGACCACAGAUCUAGUAGUAAAGACAGAGAGACAAGGAGGAAUUCUGAGAAAGAGGAGAAAGACAAGCAUAACAAAAGCAAAGCCAAAAAAAGGGCUCGAUCCAGGAGUCAGAGCAAAAGCAAAGAGGUGUCAAAAAGUAAGGAGAGGGACUCAAAACACAGCAGACAUGAAGAAAAGAAAGUGAGAUCACGAAGCAAAGACAGGGACUAUGAGAAAGAGAAAGAGAAAGACAAAGAGAAAUCCAAUGAUUUUCGAGGAAGAGAAAGGAGCAGAAGUAAAGAGAAAAAUAAAAGGGGAGGGUCUAAAACUAAUGGCCAGAAUGAUACUAAAAGUAAAGAUACGGAAAAGCAUACAAAGUCAAAGAGCAGAGAACGUGAACCAUCUAAAAGCAAACACAGCUCAAAUAGUAAGACCAGAGAGCGAAGCAAUAGUGGAGACAGAGGGAAAAGAGCCAGGUCCCGAAGUAAAGAACGAGACCGCAGCAGAAGUAAAGAUUAUUCAAAACACAAAGAUAGAGAAGUAAAAAGAAGGGGAAGAUCAAGAAGUAGAGACCGAAAAGGCACACCAGAAAGAUCUAAAGGCAAAGAAAACAAAAGGAGGAAGGAGUCGCAGAGCUCUGAGAGGGAGAAAAGUCGAAGUAAUGACCGGCAUAGGAAUCAAGAGCACAGAAGUUCUCACAAAAAAGAUGAUGCUGAAAAAAGAAGGCGUUCUAAAAGCCAUGACAGUAGUAGCUCAGAGACCAAUAAGAGCAAAAAGUCCAGUAGAGAUCAGGAUAGGAGUCCUGAUUCAAAGAAAAGACGAAGCAGCAAGGACAGGGAAUCAAAAAGAUCAUCUUCACGUAGGAGUAAGGAAAAGGAAAAAGACAGGUCCCGGUCCUCAAAAGAAAAAGAGGUCAACCAAAAAUCUAAGAAUCAGGAGCGAGAUCGUGCCCGUGGUAAAGAUAAAAAAUCUGAUCAUGAAUCGAGUGCUGGGACUGAUGAAGACAGACAUGGAUAAUUUGAUGAACUUGAUGUUUCCAUUCUGCCUCCAGGUUCUAGAGACAUGUUGGGGAACAUUAUUUUUUUUAAUGUGGACUUCUGUUUGGUCUUUUGAUAAUCCACAGCCUGGAUCAUUUGUACUGCUAAAGUUUUAAUAAACUUGAAAUGGAAAAAACAA